CAAGCUGCGUGACUGGAGAUUUUUGUACCUUUUGUUUUCAUCUAAUAUUAGUCAUAAAAUAAGCAAAAGCAUAAUUUUAUAUACAGAAAAAUGCAGCUAAUUCUAAUGUGAUCUCCGUAACAUCUACAUUUAGAAUACAAAGGAACAAUGAAUCUGCUUUGGAUUUUAUACACUCAUAUAGAUAGAAGUAUUAUAUACAUUAAUAAUAUAAAAGUACUGUGAUUACAUAUUAAGAAAUGAUGGCAGAAGAAUCAGACUCGAUAAGCACAUUGCCCUCAGAUGGACAUCCGGAAGAUGCAUCAGGUAUUGAAGAGGCUCCUUCAUCGAUGGUCUCAAGUGAAGCAGAGUCGGAAGGCAGUGUGUUAUCAGAAGUGGUACGCCAUGACAAUAUAGAGCCAUCUCCGGUACAGGCGACUGAUACCAUAAACGAAAUGGCUCACACUACCCAUGACAAACCCAUAACUGUUGUGAGUGAUGACUGGAGAAAUGUUGGGAGCACUGUGUCCUCAUUUGUCUCCACUAGAGGCUCGAUGCUACCAUGGGGUGCGCACAAAGGCCCCGUGAUGCCACCUUCGGACACCGACCUGAGGCCGGGGGAGUUCGUCAUGAGACUCCUAUUCACCGAGUUCACGGUACAGGCAGAAAGGAAAAUGGAAGCAGUUAUGGCAGAACCACUCGAGAAACCAUUGAAUAAAACACUGCAGCGCGGUGAGGAUCCUCAACUGGACCAGAUCUUGUGUGCUUUUGGCACGGUCGCGGAGCACUGUUUACCGUCACUGCUGCGUGCCCUGUUCGGUUGGCUGGAGCGCCAGAUGGCAGACUCGCCGCAACUCAGCGAGCAAGCCAAGAAACCACACCAGGAUUUGAGAAACAAGAGCAUCAUCUACAUAGUGUCUGGCAGCGGCGCCGGCACUGAGGCGGUGGAACGCAGCUGUGAAGAGUUGCAGGCGGAGCGGCGCGACCUGGCCGUCGAGUUCCUCUUCUGUCUGGCUCUCAUCGAGGUCCUCAAACAACUGCCGUUUCACCCUGGUCACGAGGACCUGGUACAAUACAUAGAGAACGUGGCGUUCAAAAGAUUCAAUUACAAAGAAGGGUUGCAAUCCAAUCCCAACGCAGCCAACGUGCACAUAAUAGCUGACCUGUAUGCUGAGGUCAUUGGCGUGCUGGCGCAGUCACGGUUUGCCUCCGUCAAAAAACGAUUCACUGCUGAAUUGAAGGAACUGAAGUCUCGUGAGCCGUCUCCUCACACGACGCAAAGCAUCAUAUCCCUCCUCAUGGGCAUGAAAUUCUUCCGGGUGAAGAUGGUGCCCAUAGAGGAGUUCGAGGCGUCGUUCCAGUUCUUGCAGGAGUGUGCCCAGUACUUCCUGGAGGUCAAAGACAAAGACAUCAGGCACGCUCUAGCUGGCCUCUUCGUCGAGAUACUAGUGCCCGUCGCUGCGACGGUGAAGAAUGAAGUGAACGUGCCGUGCCUGAAGAACUUCGUAGAGAUGCUGUACAGCCACACGUUGGAUGCGAGCACCAAGUCCAAACACCGACUGGCACUGUUCCCACUCGUUACCUGCCUCCUCUGCGUCUCACAGAAGCAAUUCUUCUUGGCCAACUGGCAUUGCUUUUUAGCGAUGUGCCUUUCGCAUCUCAAGAACAGGGACCCGAAGAUGUGUAGAGUAGCAUUAGAAUCAUUAUAUCGCCUGCUGUGGGUAUACAUGAUAAGGAUUAAAUGUGAGAGCAACUCGGCGACGCAGUCCCGCCUCCAGAGCAUCGUCAACUCACUCUUCCCUAAAGGAUCAAAGGGUGUCGUACCCCGAGACACACCCCUUAACAUCUUCGUUAAAAUCAUACAAUUCAUAGCACAAGAGAGGCUCGACUUCGCAAUGAGAGAAAUAGUUUAUGACCUACUUAUGGUUGGGCGACAGAUUAAAAUAAUUCUCACUCCUGAACGGAUGUCUAUAGGCUUACGAGCGUUCCUCGUAGUCGCUGAUAGUCUGCAGCAGAAAGAAGGUGAACCACCAAUGCCCAGGACGGCUGGUACUUUGCCCUCCGGGAAUACGCUAAGGGUCAAGAAGACGUUUCUAAACAAAAUGCUGACAGAUGAAACGGCUAGGUCAAUCGGAAUGAGCGCAUACUUUCCAUACGUGAGGCGUGUUUUAGUGGAAAUUCUACGAGCAUUAGACGCACAUUACGGCCGGCCCCUGAUGCUGACCAACACUCAGAAUGUUACCAAAGAACAAGAAAUCAAUACCGGGGAACGAAAACCCCGAAUCGAUUUGUUCCGCACAUGCGUAGCAGCUAUACCGAGACUUAUACCGGAGGGUAUGAGCUCCGGCGAGUUGGUAGACCUACUAUGUCGUCUCACGGUGCACAUGGACGAGGAGCUACGAGGACUCUCAUUCCAAAGCCUCCAGACCCUCAUUGUGGACUUCCCCGAAUGGAGACAGGACGUUCUGGCCGGUUUCACACAGUUCUUAGCGAAAGAAGUGCAGGACACAUCGCCUCAACUAGUUGAAAAUGGUUUGCGAAUGCUGCUCCAACUGUUGACGAGUUGGCGGAAUGGUGAGCCGACUACCAAUGGUGCACCGACAAAGUCCGAGCCUCUGGCGACUGUCAUCCGAGGGGCGGAGGCCCUGGGUCUGGUCAUGCUGUGCCAAUCCAAGUCGUAUCCGAGGCGGCUAGCUGUCCAUAUAUUACGGGAAUGCAAGUACCUGCUAGAGAAACUGCAACUAUCUCGGGACGAGCCAGCCCUGAUAGACGCAGCGGACAUACACGUGCCCCACUUUGCGGAGAAGUGCCUGCCCCUACUGCCUCCCGCUGAGAAGCAGGCAAUCCUGGCUGCUGGCCUGCUCGAUCUCGUGUGGGUAGCGGAACGGAGUCACGCCGUAUGGACAGCAGGUCAUCAACAUGACGACAGCUCAACGAAGAAUAGUUGGAGUGGUAGCGCGUCCAAUGGUGCAGAUCCUUGGGAGGUUGUACUGUUCGGUUUGCUGGAGCGGAGUAGGGUGCCAGCAAAAUGUCCGGCAACAAUCUUGCAAGCGUGGCCGAUACUCCACGCCAGGAUACAUGCACUGUUCACCAUCAUCGAACCGGCGCCCGUUAAUGAUAAUCGUGCAUCGUUACUUUCGCGGAGUCCGGCGUUGCCACGGAAACCAGAAAAGGAACGAGAUGGCUAUAUGCAGGUGUGGAAGUACUACAUGACAAUGGCAUACUUGGUGGUCCCCGCGGUGCCUAAUCCAGUGAUUCGGUGCGCAAGUCCCGAUCUCAGCCUCAGUAACACUGAGGCGGAAGGUUGGUUCGGGCAGGCUGCUCUCAGUUCUUCGAGCGAGAGCCUCAACGCGCCCGGCGGUUUCUUCACGCUGCCCUUGAGCUAUGCGCGCGCACACAGACAACACAAACGGACGAGUGCGCUCUUCCUCUCGGCGUGUCCGGAGACACUGUGGGGCUCGUCACCGGACUCGCUGAGCGAGCGAAGUGGCGGUGAGGCCCGUAGUGCACAAGCGUCGCCGGGCUCGUUACACAAGCUUGCAGUGCCGCUGGCGAGAUGCGAGGUGCCCGAGGUACGGGAUGCAGCAGUGGCCGCCUGCGGGAACAUCAACCCCGAUGCGCUCAAGGACCUGAUGGAAGAGCUGGUGCCACUGCUGCGGGAAGCGGUAGACCGCAAACAGGAGAACAUGCGACGCCGGAGGCGACGGGAUGCCCUCCGGCUACAUCUGAACAAAAUGCUGCUCCUCAUCGCACAGAGAAAGACCUUCGCUAAUAGUACGUUCACGUUGGAGAGUGGUAGCUUGCAUCCAUCCCUGACGGAGUACUUGGACGGCGCGCGGCAGUGCCUCGAAGUGGAGGCUGAGAAGGACGCGCCAGCAGCCCGGGAACAGAGGCUCACAUUCGCAGACUUCGUCACUGAACUCAUCAAAAGCUUCCCGUUGGAAAUGUAUGGCUCGCUGAUGAAGAAGGAGCUGUGCCGCAGCCUGUUCUCGUUGUUCAGCGGAUGGUGUGGUCCGCUGGCCAGGUACCUCGGUAACCUGGUGCCGCAGACGGCAUCACACGAGAUCGACGACAGGCUCAACUUGUCGGCACUCAAGGCGAUGAGUGCUUUGGUGUGCUGCGGUCCCUGCUUCGCACCGACUGCCCUCGCUGAGGACGGCCCACUGUACCCGUGGCUCAGUGAAAUGCUCUCUUCUACUAAUGACAAGAUAUACGAGCUCGCCCGGGAGACAAUCGUGCUGUUACUGGAAUGUAACCCCGACAUCGGGCCGCUACUUGAUUGGACAGUUGACAAAUGCUUCACUGGACCACCACGAGUUGCAGACGGCUGCUUCAUAGCGCUCGCCACCAUAUUCAGUGCAAGGGAGUACCCGUGUGACCACUACACGGCGAUCAUCAAUGUCACGCUCAUGUGUACGGGGUGCCCACGUGCCCCCGUCCACGAGAGCGCGCUGCAACUGCUCCAACUCCUCGACAAACGGUUCUUUGGUACCGUGGGACCGCUGCCAACAGACGAGGACACCGGUUCAGAGAAGGGUCGGGGCACACUGGACGCGCUGCUGUGCACCACAUACUGUAGAUCGCAGUUGUACCUCUCCCGGCAACUGUCCCAACUGCACCCCGAACUCACUAUGCCGAUGUUCUCAGAGAUUACUGCGCGCUUCCAAACUGCUCGUACGGAGGUUCGACAGCUGCUGCUCCAGUAUCUGUUGCCUUGGCUCGUCAACAUCGAAUUGGUGGACCCCAACGUCCCUCCAGCCAACCCGCUCUCAUACAUACAGUACUACGCGUCCGAAGCCGGUCGUAGUGGGCGGCGUGAGGGUCUGGGCUCCGCAGAAGCUACGGAGAUGGUGCUAAAUAAUCUUUUCUACAUCACAGCGAAGUUCUCGGACAAGCAUCCGAAGGAAAUUGAACAGCUGUGGUCGACGCUGUGCUCGUGCUGGCCGAACAACCUCAAGGUCAUCAUCCGGUACCUGAUCAUAGUGUCCGGGAUGGCACCCAACGAACUACUGCCUUAUGCAAAGCGCGUGGUGCUAUACUUGGCGCGGUCCAGGCCCGAGCGUCUGCUGGACGAGAUGAUGACGGAGCUGCAAACGGUGGAGACCCUCAACUGCCUUAUCGAGCGCACUGAGACCCCGCCCUUCUAUAGGCUCACGUCCAUGCGGAAGGCGACCUCAGGGCACAGCGACGGCCCCGGCAUCGGCUCACAGGACGCUACGGGCCGUGCGGGCGAGCUCGCGCCAGUCGAGAAGGGCACUAUACACACUAAGAGGCACAGCGGAGAAGACCCCACCAAGUCCACCAGUACGAAAGCACCGGAGACCCCAGGCUCGAGGUCGCAGUACAAGCGCACUUCCGCAUUGCCUUGCAGUACUCCGCCUGCCGACGAUGAGUCCACGGCGCCCUCGGACGGCGACGCCACUCCCACGGGUUUGUGCCCGGAGUCGGUGACCCCCACGGGUGGUAGCGCGCCAACCACCCCGCUGGAAGCCCGGGUGGACAUGCCGCAGCCGAGGCCGCUCCCCAUGCCGGAGUAUGGCGGGUUCUUCGCGAGACUCACCGAGUACUUACCUGAUAGCAACCAGCCCAUCUCAGGCUUUCAUAGGUGUAACGUGGCGGUAAUGCUGCUAUGCGACGUGGUGCUGGACGGCGUGGAGAUUGACUGGUCCAUACACGUGCCGUUGAUGCUGCACAUCGUCUUUUUAGGAAUGGACCACACCAGAUGGAUAGUGCACCAGCACUGUCGCCAGCUGCUGUUGAACCUAUUAGUGGCGGUGGCCGCCCACCACGACCAUCUGACGGUGGCGCGAGUACUGCUCGCCAGCAGGUCCGCGCUGCUCGGACUGGGAAUACCACCACCACACCUGCCUCUGGUGCAGCACAACUUCACAGAGCCGGACGCGGCAUUCGACAGCCCUCCGACGUGCGGGCACGCGCAGCGUUCGCACGCUCGCUCGCUUAGCUCUGACCCGCAGGUCACGCCUGAAGGCGAGACAGACAAUUAUCCAUCGCUGCCGGUGAUCGUGACCGGCGAAGCAGAAGCCAACGGUGCCCAGGAAUCGGAACCAGAGCCGGCGGACUUGCCCGUCGCUGACGUCAUUAAGUCUCUAGUACACUUCCUAGCCAACAGACCAACACACAUGCCGCUCUGGCAGUACGAAGAUAUCACCGCUAAAGUGUGGACUCUACGCAGCUGCCAGCAGAUGUCGACGCUGGUGCGUCACGUGUUACGCGUUUUCCGCGAGUCACUCCCACAGGCCCUCAUCUCAGAGCGGUGGGCGCAAACUGCGCUACAGCUGGGCCUCUCGUGCCCUUCCAGGCACUACGCAGGACGAUCCCUCCAGGUGUUCAGGUUCAUCGGUGUGGCUAUGACCGGUCGCAUGGUGUCCGACAUACUGUCGCGGCUGGUGGAGACUGUCGCCGAACAAGGCGAGGACAUGCAGGGCUAUGUCACCGAACUGCUCCUCACCCUCGAGGCGGCCGUGGACUCGCUCGAAUCCAACUUCAGGCCCCUGGACUACAUGCGGGACAUAUUCAAGUCAACGCCCAACUUAAACAAUAAAGAUGGCGGGCCGCAGGUCAACAGCGGCGGAUUCGCGGCCGGCAAGCGGUCUCCGGGCGUUUGCGGCGGCUGCGUGAGCAACCACACACGCAGCACCAGCUACUCUGUGACGUACUGCAUGCGGAAAACCAACGUGACCUCCUCAGCAGACAAGCACCAGCACCAACACGAUCGACGAGCGGGUAGUGAAGCGGCUAAAGGCAUCUGCUCUAACUUGUGCCGAUCGCGAUCCGCACAGUCACUGAAGUUGCUUGGUGAUACUGCCUCACAGGACGACAAGCUGACGAUAUUGGCGACGUUGUUCUGGGUGGGCGCGUCACUGCUGGAGUCGGACUACGAGCACGAGUUCCUGUUGGGGGUGCGUCUGCUGGCCCGGGUGGCGACCCGGUUGCCGCUCGACCGGCUCGACCGGGCGCAGGCGCACGCAGCGCACUCGCAUCCGUCGCAUGCGGCUCACAACACGCACACAUCGCAUGCAUCGCUACACGCGCUGUUACUCAAGGGUUGCACGCACCCAAACACGUACGAACCAGUGGUGGGCGUGCUGGCGGAUAUGAUCCCACUGUUGGAAUUGCCCGUCAUCGACCCCACGCAGUCACUCGCCUUCCCCAUGACCGUAGUGGCACUGUUGCCCUACAUGCUGCUACACUACGAGGACGCAAAUGAACUAUGCGUACGUGCUGCAUGCCACAUCGCCCAGUUCACCGCGGAGAAGAGCAAGAAGCUGGAGAACCUGGGCACGGUGAUGACACUGUACUCGCGCCGCACGUUCAGCAAGGAAAGUUUCCAGUGGACCAAGUGCGUGGUCAAGUACCUGUGGGACACAUACUCGCACCUUUCGCUACAGAUGAUCGCCUUCCUCGUCGAAGUGCUCGAGAAGGGAUCUGUGAGCCUUCAGCUACCGGUGCUGUCGAUCCUACACUGCAUGCUGUACCACGUGGAGCUGAAUGCGCCCGCUGCCCAGCCAGUCAACGCGGACCUACUGCGGGCCGUCGCCAAGUUCAUAGACGAUGGUAACAACUACAAGGAGGCGAUGAAGAUCCUGAAGCUGGUGGUGACGAGGUGUUCCACGCUGGUCGUGCCGCCGUAUUGGGACUCGCAUGCAUCCUCCAUACUAGACACGGAGCUACACGGCAAGAAGGAGCUCCCGGGUCGUACGAUGGACUUCACGUUCGAUCUAUCGCAAACGCCAGUAAUAGGCCGCAAGUAUCUGCCAAAGGCGAACAGUCAGCCAGCCACUGGACCUAGCUCGCUGUCGAAUGCAUCCACAGUUACACCAGACAAAGGAGCUGCGGCUGGUGCUCCAGCAACAUCGGGUGGGGCCGCUGGUGCUGGUGCGUCUCCGCGACGUUCGCUGUCCCUGUCGCCAGUGGACGCGCUCGCUUCGGGCUGGAGACGACCCUGGAUGUCACAGAGUCGCGUCCGGGAGUGCCUGGUGAACCUGCUGACCACGUGCGGCCAGAGAGUGGGGCUGCCCAAGAGUCCAUCUGUGAUAUUCAGUCAGAGCUCGGAGCUGCUGGAGCGCGAGUCCUCGAUGGCGUCCUCGUUGGAGGAGGUGUCAGGUACACCUGGUAACGAACCGUCUGCUGCCGCGCCCCCUACUGACCACUUCGGAGUCUUCAAGGACUUCGACUUUCUGGAAUACGAGAGCGAGAGUAUCGAGGGCGAAAGCUCGGACAACUUCAACUGGGGCGUCCGGCGGCGUCCGCUCAGCGAGGAACAGGACGAAGGCGGGUGUCCCGAGCGAAGUCCGCCGCCCAUGUCGGCACGCGCUCCCCCGGACACGCCGCAUGCCAAGCCGGACACGCACACACAUGAAGACUCGUCCGAUGAAGAGGGUGGUUGGGAUGAAAAUGUGGCAGGUGGGAGUUCAGGAGGCGCGGGUGCCAACCCAGGCCCCCUACGGGGCGGCGAGGGGGAUGCACCCCCCGCGCCCGAUCCAGCCCACCGACCCAGGACCCACUCCUACUCCAGCGCCUCCAGUGGGGAGCCUGAUGGUGACCGUGGUGACGUCACGCCAGUGCCCGGCAGCGGCAGCGUGGCGCUGCGGGACUCGUGGAGGUCGUCCGUGUCGGCACUGCUGCGUCACGCGGCCCAUAUGCAGCCCCUGGCGCUCCUACACCGGCUUCACACCGUACUCAAGGAGGUGACCUAUAAGACGGUGUCGCUGUGUGCAGCAACGGGCACCGUAGUUGGGUCGGCAGAGCUGUGUGGCGUAAUAGAGCGGGUGGGGGCGGACGACCCCCCAUUGCUGUGGGUGGGUCCGCUGGCUGCGGACUGCGCACGGGUGCGGGAUGCGGUUCGAUUCGCAGCGCUCGAGAUCAACGAACACCUUGAAACGUACUUCGAUAGACGCGAGCAUGCGCUCGAGACGCUAGAGUGGCGCGGCAGCAUGGACGCCCGCGGUUCCAACGAGGACACCGGUCGCUGCCUGUACAAGCUGAUAUUCCAGCUGCUGUUGUUACUGGAGACCAACAACAAGAUGGUGGUAGCGGUGUACCACGCCGCCCUCGACAACAGGGGUAAAGAGAUGAGCGGUACAGUAUGCGGGGUCCGCAAUGCCCUGAUCGCCAGCACCGCCGAGAACUGGGGCGAGGUGUCGCCCACACCGCACGACGACGCGCGGCUACUGCAGCUGCUGCAACGACAGAGAUGGGGUGCCGCGUUGGCGAUGGUACGUGAGCGGAACGCAGAACAGAUCCUCGAACGAGGCGAGCUGCCCGAAGAUGACGUCACCAGUCUGCUACACGUCUACUGUAAAGGGCUGGCGCAGGCUAAUCCUGAUAUGGUGGCAAUAACCCGCCCCGUGAACGAGCUCUCUCAGAACCUGUCCUUCAUGAUGGAAAGCCUGUAUAAGGUUUCUGUGGCGCUGCAGCGACAGGAGUAUGGCUGAUCGGCAACCAAGGCUGUUAAACCCACUGUCCCUACAAAACCCUCCCCCCGUCUCCUAAUCGCCCGGCGGCUACGUCACGCUCGCACCAAAGCAUUCCCCACCAAUCACCAUACACCUUCCUCAUGUAAAGUGAUCAAGCGCCCGAUCUAAUUGACCGGUUGUUAUAUUUACAGACCACGUACCUACCACCCACAUGCAUAACAGUAGCAGUGCGCCAACCGUUGUUUACUGCACCCUCGCAUAAUUAUAUAAGAACUAAAAUACAUCGCAAAUGUUUAUUUAGUGUAUAUUUUGAAACGAAAAUUUUUAAUAUUAGUUUUUCUUAACGAAAAAGCAUAAUACCGGGCGCCGCGUCCUUCGGUAGGUUUAGUUCCCGAACUAACGAUACUGAUCGCCCGAAAUCUUCCACUAUUAUUAGCUUACAUAUAAUUUAAUUUUCAUUGCAGCUCGCCGCUCGCCAUUCAAUUAAAAUACAUCGGUAUUUUAUAUCUUUUUUUUUUUACAUAUAAUUAUUUUGUUCGGUUGUCUUUCUCGAAAUGUGUAAAAAUCUAGUUCAAUUAUUUUUCCAUCCUCAGUUACAUAUUAGAAAAUCAGGCUGUGCACCUACCACCGACGAUUGUUCCCUUUACCCAGUUAGAUGCAGGGGCAACGGCGGCGGCGUAGCGAAAUUAGUAUUUAAUAUAAUUUAGUUAAUCCCAUUUACUAAUAAACUUACUCACUUUAGUUUUCAAAUAACUGAUCUCAGAUAGAGGAUAUUGUACCAAGCGUCCGAUGCUGUCCCGCGACAACAGGAGCGAAGGAACAAAUUACGAGAGCGCCCUACUCUGAACCAAAUACUUGAUACAUAAUUAAAUAAUUGUACAGUACAUUGUGAAGGACACAAUGCGCGGAGGUCAUUUCGUGUCGGCAAGGCACGCCGGGCGCGUAGCGACAGCUUACAACUUGAGCUUAUAAUUGUUAUUUCGAAAUAUAUUCACAGUUUACCAUUAGUACUAGUACAUUAACCAACGCUAUCAAAUAAAACUAUAAUCGUAAAACAUAAUUUUAUAAUACAGUUAAUAAUUAUAUAAGUAGCACUAGCAGUAUAACUAAACAUUAUUGAAAUAAGUGAUACCGUAUGUUCGUAAUUGAUAAUGUAAUAAAUGUACACCAUUCCUUUGUUUAUUUCGCUUCCAAUAAUUGGAGCACUGGUGCACUUGCAUAACAUAACCAGUGCCCUAGUAACGACACCGCAAAUCAAUAUGUGGAGUUGCGUCAUGACCUGCGCGCAUUCAACGAUUAUUUAUUAGGGAAGUGUGUCACUUGCAGGACUGAACCAUUGACCUUUUGUCGUGUUAGCGAAGUUGACUCAACUAUUGUUUGUGAUAUUAUGCCCUUGUAGUAGUGGUUAUGACAAUAUUUAUUAUCUAGUUUAAUUUUUUGUCUUAUGCAAAACAUACUCUCGCGUUCACAGCGCGGCGCGUCCUAGGCGGCCGAUUAAACUUUUUUACGUAAAGUAUAUACGUAGUAUAAUUAUACCUAUAUAAAGUACACAUACAUGAACACAUUACUAGUAUACGUGUGCCGGCCUAGAGAACGCAGCGCUCGUGAUCAGCCCCCUAGUGAAAUACUAAUGUUUAUAACAACUAUUUAAUUAUAGAAUAAAUAAAUACAUCCUAAUAUCAAUUUGUUU